AUUCCCGAACAAGCGGUUGAGGGAAAACUCGCCGGCUUUCCCCCUUCAUCCUUACAAGAACAAAAACCGUUUCUGUGUUCCCUCCUUUCUCUGUCUCUAACGGUUACCGGAAAUUAACGACUGCCUCCGUUUUCCUCUCGUUUCCGAAGCAAUGUCCGACGCUUACUGGAGAUACGCCGACCCGCGGCAGCCUCCUCAGCCGUCGUUGUCGCAGCAACCGCAACAUCAACAGCAACAGCAGUACCAGCAGCAGCAGCAGCCCCCGAUGUCUUCUUUCGUCGGGAAACGCCCACGUACCGGCGAAUAUGAUGUUCCUGGUGGGCGUGAACUCUCCAAUUACUAUGGGCGUGAAGAUGAAAGAGGCGGAGGUGGUGGUGGUGUUCGAGUAAUUAGAGAUACAGAUGCCCUUGGAUCAUCUUAUGAUCGUUACCUACGCAGUGUGCAAGCUCCAUCGUAUGGUGGUAAUGGACAAUCUGCUAGACCCAUGGGUGCAGGAAUGGGAAGCAUGGAGCCCGGGGGUGCUUCAAUGAAUGACAGAAACCUUGGAUUUGGUGGUGGAAGGAGUGAUCUUUCACUCCCUCCUGAUGCUAGCAGUACACUGUUUGUGGAGGGUUUGCCCUCCGAUUGUACAAGGCGUGAAGUUUCUCAUAUAUUUCGGCCGUUUGUUGGUUACAAAGAAGUUCGACUAGUAAGCAAGGAGUCAAGACGCCCUGGGGGAGAUCCAUUGAUCCUCUGCUUUGUUGACUUUAUGAGUCCUGCCCAUGCUGCCACCGCUCUGGAUGCCUUGCAAGGUAAAGCAUCCUUGUCAUACGUUAUGCUAGCAUCAAAGUCGUCCGCAUUUGUGAUGUUUUCCCUCUUAAUAGUUGCCCCAUUUUCAUUUGUGUCCUUGUGGAUUCAAGUGGUACCAUUUAGAUUUGAUUCCUGCUUCAGAAGUGGAGAUUCCGUUAUGCUUAAAAUACCAAGACCUGAGUGCCCAAUUGAUUACAAUGAUAGAUUAUCUUGCUAAAUGGGGCUUUAUCUGGUUGUCCGUUUGCAAACUCAACUGAGAGUGAACGUUUCUGCAACACCAAAGGAACUGGUCAUCUUAUCCCCAAAAUGUUUUAAUAUCCUUUCGCUUGUGGGAAGGAACAAAUGGUUGGCUCCUCAAUUCUUGCGCGUGUGCGAACUGGUUUAAUGUUCGGUGCAGUACGUUCAGUGCAGUAUGUUCUUAAGUGUCUGUAUUUUGCGGUGAAAUGAACUCUUACGUCGCUCGAAACCGUCAGGGGUCAUCCUGCGUGCGUAAAUAGUCGAGCUCGCUUUUUGCAGGUUAUAUGUUUGACGAGCACGAUCAUGAUUCACUCCAAUUAAGGUUGCAAUUUGCUCGCUAUCCUGGUGCGAGGUCAGGUAGCGGGCAUCGUGGCAAGCGUUGAGUGACAGGAUGAUUUUGGCAGGACUCGGCUAAACGACAGCCUCGCUUCGAGUAUUAUGCGAUUUCCCUAAUGGAUGCGUUCACUAGGUCGAUAAACUCGAUAAUGUGUCUUCCAGUGCCGGUGGAUGUAGACGUCAUACCUUUUCUGUUGAGAGAGUUGGAAAGUUUUCGCUUUGAAUAAUGAUCUAGAGUUCUGAUAAAGUUCUGGAGGAUUUGUUGUUCCUUCCUUUGCCAUUGCGAUAAACGUUUUUCUAUGUAUUGAUAUUUACGACUAGGAGGUAAUCUCAGGGAAGAUAUACUUAUUCAAGCAAGCACAUAACUCAGAGAGUGCAUGAAGAAUGAGUUAUGUAUACUACUAUGAGUUGCCUGCCUAUGGAUCUUGUUCUUGUGCUACUCUGUUGAUGCUAACCCUUCUUUAUUAAGAAUUAUCCAGAAAUUCAAUCUUUUUCUGAUUGCAUAGGUAGAAUGUCUAUUGGACAUGCUGUUUUAUUGCU